CACUGGGGAGCUUCUUAAGCAAAGGCAGGUGAGAGGCGUUGCCUGCUGAUUGGAGAAAGAAGGCGGCUUUGCAACAGAGCCCAACUUUACUUUUGGGAACAGGAGGAGGAAAAAAGUCAAGAUGAUGCCUAUGCAUUUUUAUUUCUCGGACAAAGUCGUCCUUCUGUUUGACUUCUGGAACGUCCACACCCCAGCAGGGAUGGUGCUCACAGUGGUGAUCAUCCUGCUGCUGGCGGUGCUCUACGAAGCCAUCAAAGUGGGCAAAUUGAAGCUGAUUCAGUGUGCCAUGCCCGUGGUGCCCCCCAGCAUCAGCCAGGAAGCUUUAGGAGAACCAGAGAUCACAUCUAUUAACACGGGCACAGCCCAGCUAACGGGCACCUCAAAAUUCCCUUUCCCUUGGCACGUGGCCCAAACCUUGAUCCAUGUGGUCCAGGUCGUCCUUGGAUACAUGGUGAUGCUGGCUGUGAUGUCGUACAACUCGUGGGUCUUCAUCGGCGUCAUUGUGGGCUCUGCUAUUGGCUACUACGUGGCAUAUCCUUUGGUCAGCAUCAGAUAGCAGUGACGUGGUCGACUUUGAGAAUCGGAUGGACCCAUAAGGAUGUGUCAGUUGUUAUUUGUCGAUGGAGGCCAACUCAACGACAAUUCCAAGACUAAUUUUAUCUCUGCAUCAAGACCGAUGACUUCUGAUUGCUUCUUCUUUGGGAAUAUUUUUGUUUCUAGUGUUUGUGAUCCUUAAGUGCCUUUGAACAUAGAACCGAAGACCGUCGAUUGCAUUGUUGCCAUGGCCAGGAAAGCUGGCAUUCACACUGAACCUCCAAGGUCUCACACAAUGUUUAUGUCUCUGUGAAGCUACUGUUGUGUGUUUGCAACCAUAGCUUGACCUGCUAUAGUAGAGAUGGGAUGGCCAUCUGUCUGGAGAGCUUUGGCGGUGUGUUCCUGCAAGGCACAAAAUUGGCCUUUGUGGUCUCUUCCAACUCUAGGUCUCUAUGGCUUUCUACACUGCCAUAUAAUCCAGAUUAUCAAAUCAGAUAAUCCACAUUUGAACUGGAUUAUAUGAGGUCUACACUGCCAGAUCAAAGCAGAUAAUCUGGAUUUUAAAUAGCAGUGUAGAAGGGACCUAUGCUAUGGAUUUCUGUGCCUUAAACAGCAAUGUAUUGGAAAACGCUUGAUUACUUUGUAAAUUAUUAAAAUAAUUCAAUUUUAAA